AUGUGUGCUAUCAUGACUCUCUGCUGUGGUCUUUGGGAGUCGUUUGUUGGUUAUAAUUUUCGUAUGUAUUUACCAUGGGAAAGUUAUAUAUCGAAUGAUUCACAGAUUGGUGCUGUUGAACAUGGUUUAUUGGUCUUUCUAUCAUAUAUUAUUAUUUUGAGUACUGUCGUACCAAUUUCACUUUAUAUCAAUGUCGAAAUUAUUCGUCUUAUACAGUCCAAAUGGAUCGAUUGGGAUUUGAAAAUGUACUAUGAACCGUACAAUAUUCCAGCAGAAGCACGUACUACUACGCUUAAUGAAGAACUUGGACAAAUUGAAUAUGUCUUCUCGGAUAAAACAGGAACACUAACACAGAACAUAAUGACAUUCAAGAAGUGUUCGAUCCGUGGUCAACUCUAUGGCUAUGUAUUAGACGAAGCUGGUAAUGAAAUUCAAGAUCUAGAGAAACUCAAAUCAAUUGAAUUUGCCGAACAGAACAAAGAAUUUGUUUGGUAUGAUCAAAAACUAAUCGAUGACAUCAAACAUGACGAUCGCAAUGUUCACAAUUUCUUUUCUCAUCUUGCUCUAUGUCAUACAGUUAUGCCCGAAGAAAAAGACGGUCAAAUCAUCUAUCAAGCUCAAUCACCAGAUGAAAAUGCACUCGUCAGCGCUGCAUGCGUAUUUGGCUUUGUCUUUUGUGUUAUUAUCAAGAAGGAUGGCAGAAUAACGUUGUAUUGUAAAGGUGCGGAUUCGAAAAUUAAGGAACGACUGAAUCCGUCUGAGAAAGAUAUUAUGGCUGAAACUGAAGAACAUCUCACUAAAUUUGCUAACGAUGGUCUACGUACGCUUUGCUUAGCCUGGAAAGAUUUGGACGAAAUCGAAUACAGACGAUGGGCAGAAAAAUUGAACCAAGCCAAGACAAGUAUGGAUAGACGCGAAGAAAAAGUCAAUGAUACAUACGAAGAAAUCGAAACAAAUAUGAAACUUCUCGGUGCCACUGGAAUCGAAGAUAAGCUUCAAGAUGGUGUACCACAAUGUAUCGAACGUCUAAUACAAGCUGGUAUCAAAAUUUGGGUCUUGACUGGUGAUAAAGCUGAAACGGCUUUUAAUAUUGGACUAUCGUGUCGUCUAUUGACGAAUGAGAUGGAAAUUUAUACGAUUGAAGAAGAGAACGAAAACGACGUCAUGAAACGAUUAGAUCAAGUUCGAAAUGAAAUGAUUCAGAAAAUUAAACAACUAUUCAAUGUCAAUAUUGAGGAUCCAACGAAGCGACUUGAUUGGAAAGAUUGGGGUAUUGAUGAGAUGAAAUUCGAUCAAUAUCGCAAAGCAUCAUGUAGUGUUGAGCAGACGAAUCAUAAUCAGCGAAAUAAUGGUUUUACUACUAUGAAUACAUAUUCACAAAAUCAAGAACAAUUCGAAGGUUUCGGACUGCUCAUUACUGGCCAAGCAUUGGCUCAUGCAUUGACCGAUAAAAUAAAAAUGAAAUUUCUCGAAUUGGGUACUAUGUGUAAGACAGUGGUUUGUUGUCGAGUAACGCCACUACAAAAAGGUCUGGUCGUCGAAUCGGUGAUGCAGAAUGAAAAAAAGAUCACAUUGGCGAUUGGUGAUGGAGCGAAUGAUGUACCCAUGAUUCAGAAAGCUCAUAUCGGUAUUGGUAUUAGCGGUCAAGAAGGCCGACAGGCUGUACUAGCCAGUGAUUUCAGUUUUGCACAAUUUCGUUAUCUUGAACGACUCUUACUCGUCCAUGGACGUUGGUCAUAUUUACGUAUUUCAAAAUUUUUGCGCUACUUUUUCUACAAAAAUUUUGUCUUCACAUUGUGUCACUUUUGGUUCGGUUUCUUUUCGGGUUUCUCGGCUCAGACUGUGUACGAUCAGUUCUUUAUCGGUACUUAUAACCUUUUCUUUUCUUCAUUGCCUGUACUUGCAGUGGCUGUCUUAGAUCAGGAUAUCAGCGCUGAUCAUUCGUUGAGUAAACCACAUUUAUUCGUUCGUAUGCGUUUCAUGCCAACUACGACCGACAAAGCCCGACUCAAUCAAAAGUUUCGUAACGAAGAAAAAGCAGCUUUCGUUGCAUAUAUUGCACCACAAUUACGUCAUAGAAAGCGAUCUAUACGAUCAGGUUAUGCAUUUUCUCAACAAGAAGGUUGGGGUGAAUUGAUUGCAUCAGGACAACUGCAAGUCAAAUCGACAUCCCGUGCACAAUCUUCACAAGCGAGUUAUCUGAAAAUGGAAUUAAAAUUAUUGUUUUAA